CAGAACACAUCCCUACCGGUCUCCCUAACGUUUUAGGUAUGGCAGUCUUUCAAGUUGAGUAGAUGUUCAUUAACUGUUUAGAUAAAAUGUCCCUCCUUUGCAGUCUUUCAACAACGCACACGACGCCGCUUUGUGAUCUACGAAAAAGGACAUUUUUCAUGCUUUUCUUUUUUCUUUUUGGAUUGUAAGUUAGAUUGCAUUAAUGCUUUUCUGUGUUGAAGCACGUGCUUUACGUAAUUCAUACUAAUUUGGUUACCAUUUUCAGCAUCGUCUACGUCAGACUAGGGCUCAGCUGAACUGAAAUAACAGAGGAAAUGUUAAUACAAUGCACUGAGGACUGACAGACGUCUGCUGGGGCGUAAUGGAUCAUUUCACUUCCAGCAUGAUUACAGCGGUGCGUCGGUGCCCUGGUAUCACAACACAGUCACCAUGUGCAGCAAUCCUCAUGUGCUCGUAGGAAUACUGCUCCACAAGUAUUUUCUGUGAUGAAUCGGUGAAGUUGAUUGCAUCAGCUUUAUAAACGUGAGAAUUAAAGUUGUUCCGACAGCAAGAUUGCUUUUACUCCUAGCUCUCCACCUGUUUUGUGAUGGAUUGAGCCACAAUGUCGCAGCUGUACUACCGCAGAACGGAUAACUCCUCGUACCGGGACCGCAUUCCGCUGCGUAUCGUGCGCGCCGAGUCGGAGCUCUCCGGGCAGGAGAAGUCCUACCUCAACGCCGUGGAGAAGGGCGAUUACGCCAGCGUGAAACUAUCGCUGGAGGAGGCGGAGAUCUACUUCAAGAUCAACAUCAAUUGCAUCGAUCCUCUGGGGCGCACGGCUCUGCUCAUAGCCAUUGAGAAUGAGAACUUGGAGAUCAUUGAGCUGCUCCUCAGCUUCAACGUGUAUGUCGGGGACGCUCUGCUCCACGCCAUCCGUAAAGAGGUGGUGGGAGCCGUGGAGCUCCUGCUGAACCACAAGAAGCCCAGUGGAGAGAAACAGGUACCACCCAUCCUGCUCGAUAAACAAUUCUCAGACUUCACACCUGACAUCACCCCCAUCAUCCUGGCUGCCCACACCAACAACUACGAGAUCAUCAAGAUGUUGGUGCAAAAAGGUGUGUCAGUCCCCCAGCCUCAUGAGGUGCGCUGUAACUGCAUAGAGUGUGUCUCCAGUUCGGAUGUGGACAGUCUGCGGCACUCACGCUCCCGGCUGAACAUCUACAAGGCCCUGGCCAGCCCCUCUCUCAUUGCCCUGUCAAGCGAGGAUCCUUUCCUCACUGCGUUCCAGCUCAGCUGGGAGCUCCAGGAACUCAGCAAAGUGGAAAACGAGUUCAAAACUGAAUACGAGGAGCUCUCCCGCCAGUGCAAAUGCUUUGCGAAGGAUCUCCUGGACCAGACCCGGUCUUCACGUGAGCUGGAGUUGAUCCUUAAUUUCCGUGAUAAUGUCAACCUGCUGCAGGAUGAGGCCAAUAAUGAGCUGGCUCGCCUGAAAUUGGCUAUCAAAUACCGCCAAAAAGAGUUUGUAGCACAGCCAAAUUGCCAGCAGCUGUUGGCCUCACGCUGGUAUGAUGAAUUUCCUGGCUGGAGGAGACGUCACUGGGCUGGCAAGUUCAUCACCUGCGUCUUCAUUGGCCUCUUAUUCCCCCUGCUCUCCCUCUGUUACCUGGUGGCACCCAAGAGCCGCUAUGGCCUCUUCAUCCGCAAGCCCUUCAUUAAGUUUAUUUGCCACACCGCCUCUUAUUUGACCUUCCUCUUCCUCCUGCUGCUGGCUUCCCAGCACAUAGUCUCUAACAAUCCUGAUCGUCAAGGUCCAAAGCCCACCACGGUGGAGUGGAUGAUCCUACCCUGGGUUCUAGGAUUCAUAUGGACAGAGAUCAAGCAGAUGUGGGAUGGUGGAUUUCAAGAUUACAUGCAUGACUGGUGGAAUCUUAUGGACUUUGUGAUGAAUUCCUUGUAUCUUGCAACCAUCUCACUGAAGAUCGUUGCAUAUGUUAAGUACAGUGGUUGCAAACCCAGGGAAAACUGGGAAAUGUGGCACCCCACACUGGUGGCUGAGGCAGUGUUUGCCAUUGCCAACAUCUUCAGCUCUCUACGCCUCAUCUCGCUUUUCACGGCCAACUCUCACCUAGGUCCUUUGCAGAUAUCAUUAGGGCGGAUGCUCCUGGACAUUCUAAAGUUCCUAUUCAUCUACUGCCUGGUGUUGCUUGCCUUUGCUAAUGGACUCAAUCAGCUUUACUUCUACUACGAGACUAGUGAUGACAUUAGCUGCAAAGGCAUCCGCUGUGAACGUCAAAACAAUGCAUUCUCAACGCUAUUUGAGACCUUGCAGUCUUUGUUUUGGUCAAUUUUUGGGUUGAUCAGUCUGUAUGUGACAAAUGUCAAAGCUGACCACAAGUUCACCGAAUUUGUGGGUGCCACAAUGUUUGGGACCUAUAACAUCAUCUCCUUGGUGGUCCUCCUCAAUAUGCUCAUUGCCAUGAUGAACAAUUCUUAUCAGCAUAUCGCUGACCAUGCUGAUAUUGAAUGGAAAUUCGCAAGAACUAAAUUAUGGAUGAGUUAUUUUGAAGAAGGAGGCACCUUGCCACCUCCCUUCAACAUUAUCCCAAGUCCCAAAUCCAUAUGUUACCUGAUUAAAUGGAUUAAGGUGAAUGUGUUCAAGAGAAGGUCAAAGAGGACUGAGACAUUUGGAACAAUAGGGAGAAGAGCUGCUGAAAAUGUGAGAAUUAACCACCAAUACCAGGAAGUCUUGAGAAACUUAGUCAAACGAUAUGUGGCUGCCAUGAUUCGAGAUGCCAAGACUGAGGAGGGUCUCACAGAGGAGAAUUUUAAAGAGCUGAAGCAAGACAUAUCUAGCUUCCGUUACGAAGUCAUUGGAAUGAUGAAAGGCAACCAGAAAAGUACUUGUGCGAAUAAGCCAGGCACAGCGGCCUCCGAUGUUUCUCAUCAAGAUGGUUCGCUUCAGUAUCCCACGGCUCUUAAGCAGAACAAAAAACUACAUUUGUACGAUGUCACUGAAGUGCUACAGCAACAAAACUCUGAGGAGACAAGGGAGUCUCUCGGUUGUGUGGUCAAUGGAUCACCAGCAGUUUUGGCAGACCCUUUACUCAAAGACAAAUCCAGGAAGGACUUCCCUAAAGAUUUUACGGACUUUGGGUUAUUCCAGAAGAAACAUACCAUUAUCAACCCAAAUAAGAUAUACUCACUCGCUGAAGAGUCAAAGGAAUCGGACACUGACAUUUUAGACUGGGUGAGAGAGGAAACGGUUGAGAAACCUCUGGCAGGAAAGGUUGAACAGGAAGAGAAUGAAUCAAAGUGCCUGAUGGAGGAAGAGGGAAGUGUGUUGGAGGACCAAGAGAAAGAGCACAUUGCAUCUUCGCAUGAACUUUAGAUAAACAGACUUUUGUAACCAAGGACGUACUUUGUCAGAGACGGAGGAAUAUCCUCUCUUAUGCACAGAUAUGGGCCAGGUUUUGUGAGAUGAAAUUUGUCUCAGGAAAAGAUAUUUACUUGGAUGUUUUUGGACUCAAGAAACUUCCCAGCACUACAGACUCCAAAAGUAAUCAUAAAUCUACAGGAAGAGAAAUGGAGAAAGCUCGGGAAAGCACUACACAGUGUCCGACUGACCUGUUAAAUAGUUGUAUGUUUUACAUAUUAAUCCUCACAUUUUCACUGUGCAGCAUCCUUUCGCUUCUUUCAGGACAGCUUGGAAAAUAACUAUCAUGCUAUGCCCAGACAAACUGUUAUUAAUUCAAAGAGAAACUGCCUAUUAUAAUUACUAUUAUUAUAAUUAUAUAACAUAAUAUACACUACCGUUCAAAGGAAUGAAGUAAGAUUUAAAAAAAGAAAUUUAGUUUUUGAUCAAAAGUGACAGUUUUCUUUUUUAUUUUUUUAUUUAUCAAAGCAUCCUAAAAAUGUAUCAUGGUUUACACAAACAUAUUAAGCAGCACAACUAUUUUAACCUGUUAACUGUCACUGACCCACCGGUGGGCCCACAGCCAUUACGUAUUAAAAUAGUAAUAUCCUAUACUAAACCUAAACUAAUCUUGACAAAUUAUAUAUCAUUUAAAAGCUUACUACUCUACUCUACUUUUCAUAUAUUUCAAAAUAAAUUACAGAGGAGCAGUAAUUCAUCAAUUUGCAACAAGAAUAUUUUCAUACUCAUAAGGCAUGUUCAGACCUUUAUUCUGAAAUAGCGAUGAACAUGAAAAAUCAUGAAAGAUUGGUUGAAACAUGUUUGGUUUCAUGUCAAGAGUUUAAAAGAUAACAUCCAUUCAAUUUUUUUGAGGAAAAAAGGUCUGAAAUUGUUUUUAAAAGAAAAAAAAUACAUUUAUGAUUGUGGCGGCGAUCUAUAACCCACAUACAUGUUUUUAUGUUUAUUAGAGGCUGAAUUCAAAUCAAAUUCUGCCAAACAUCCAUGUCUACUUCAUGAAUUGUAUGAAAAUAAUGGAAAUAUAUGGUUCAGAUCACUCAAACCAUAUAUGGAAAUGGAGGCACCCUUAUAUGGUCAGUAAUGGAGCUUGGUUGUCAUCUAGUGAAAAAGUGUGGUACUGCGCCCAAACAAAAUCUGACUGAAAGCUCAUUUUUUGAGAUAACCUAAAAUUUGGAACACAGCUUGUUCAGAUUUUUGGAUUUGAUUUUCUUGCAGUUUUAGAGUAAAACUUGUUUUGUAAAAUAUAUAUUUUAUAUACAAUAUAAAAUAUUAUAUUUUUACAUUUUCAUAAA